UCGUCAUUGAACAGUGUGAUUAUCCUGAAACAGAGGAUAGAAUGCUGGAGGAACAGCUCGAAAACAUAGCGCUGGAAUAUAAUACAGUCUCGAGUCACCGUUCCACCUUUAAAAUGACAGAUUUGUGACACAAGUUCGACGCAGUGGCUUUUAAAACAGUGGCGCGAUUGUGAAAUGCAACUACGGUUUCACAAAGUGAGUACUUGGAAGUGUUUCUGAGCAGUCGUUCCUUCCUAAACAGCAAGAUCGACGACCAACGGAAGCUUCCUGGAACAAUCAAACAGAUUCGAGAAGUACUCUCGAAGAGGGAGCCAAGAAACUUUGAAAUUUAUUGGAAAUUUCAAACAACACCUGAGAAACAUGAGCGAGGUUGGAUCGGUCCUGAAUAUUUUCAAGAUCGUCGCAUUUCCUGAUACUUUAGACUCGAGUGGGUGGGGAUUUACGAUGCUCUGAACGAGGAAGAAUGCGUGCAAGAGGACUAGCGAGGGCAUACCAGGAUCCCAGGAGCACUUCAGAGGAUCCCACGUGGAUCAUCGUGUUGGAUCUCUGCAAGGGUACGCGACAAAAUUUUCGUUUGUUGAUCCUGCCAGACACGAGUAUCGAGCCCCAGAGGUUUCAAGGGCCUCAAAAGGUCAGGAGGUCCCCCAGCCAUUCAUAAGUGCUUUUCGCUAAACAACUAAAAAUGAUUAAUUCCAAAUGUGAGACCACACUGAAAAUACAUUCGAUCUGAAAGUUAAGCGCCGAAGGAAAUGAAUUCAAAUGAAAUUUAUGAAUGUUUUUAAAGGUAGAAGAAUAGAUAUCACGAUAUAUACAUAUAUACCUUUGAUUAUGCCCACUCCAAUAGUCUGCAAAUAAAAUUGAAUCCCAGAAGUGAUUUUCGAAAAUAUCUGGCAUUGAACGUGUUGGAUAAAGGAGAUAAAGAUCGAUAGGUGAGAGGAAAUAAUAGGAAAAAUGUGAAGAACGUGGAUGGAAAGGAUCGACGUACGAUCCAUUGGUAUCGUCGUGAUCCAGAGGUACCCUGCCCCUGCUCGAUUCGAUCUCACUCUGAUCCAAAAUGCUGGACAUAUUUCGAGGCUUGAAGAGCCUGAUCAAGAUUUCUCACGUUCACAUCGACACAGCAGUCUUCAGGCUGCACUACAGCAUGACUGUCAUCCUGCUGAUCGCGUUCUCGUUGAUCGUCACCACGCGACAGUACGUGGGGAAUCCUAUCGAUUGCAUUCACAGCAAGGAUCUGCCAGAGGACGUGUUGAACACUUACUGCUGGAUCCACAGCACCUACACGAUCACCGCCGCUUACAAGAAGCGCGAGGGCUUCGAGGUGCCCUUCCCUGGCGUCGACAACUCAAAGUCCCAUCCAGAGAGCGAGAGGAAGGAGUACAGGUACUAUCAGUGGGUCUGCUUCAUGCUGUUUCUUCAGGCGAUCCUCUUCUACACGCCCCGUUGGUUGUGGAAAGGUUGGGAGGGUGGAAAGAUCCACGCGUUGAUGAUGGACCUCGACAUAGGCCUCUGCUCCGAGGUGGAGAAGAAGCAGAAGAAAAAGAUGCUGCUCGACUAUCUGUGGGAAAAUCUUCGCUAUCACAAUUGGUGGGCUUACAGGUACUACCUCUGCGAAGUUCUCGCCCUGGUGAAUGUGGUCGGUCAAAUGUUUCUGAUGAACCGCUUCUUCGACGGUGCCUUUCUGACGUUUGGUAUCGACGUGCUCAGGUUCCUGGAAUCGGAUCAGGAGGACAGGGUCGAUCCAAUGAUAUACGUGUUUCCACGGAUGACCAAGUGCACCUUCUACAAGUACGGCGUCAGCGGUGAAGUCGAGAGGCACGACGCCGUUUGCAUACUGCCCUUAAACGUCGUCAACGAGAAGAUAUACGUAUUUCUCUGGUUCUGGUUUCUCUUUCUCGGCGUGCUCAGCUUUAUAACGGUUUUAUACAGGAUCGUAAUCAUAUUCUCGCCGCGAACGAGAGUCUACCUUCUAAGGCUGCGGUUUCGUUUGGUCAGAAGAGAAGCCGUGGAGACGAUUGUCAGGAGGAGUAAAGUGGGAGAUUGGUUUCUUCUUUACAUGUUGGGAGAGAAUUUGGACACGGUGAUAUACAGGGACGUGAUGCACGAACUGGCCAGCAAGCUCGCGUCCAGACACCAUCAUAGCGUACCUGGAAUCAAGGGGGAACUUCAGGAGGCCUGAUCCGAAUUGCCUCGGACAAGGGGAUGUCUUCAGCGAGGGAGGGUCGCAAGGAACGGCAAAGAUGGACGGCCAAGGACCAAUAAGGGAACAAUAACAGAUCGUGUCACGGUACACUGAAUUCUGUCCAAGAGACCCCUACGCCUCUUAGACGUUCAAACGGCUGGGGACAAGCACGCGUCUCUUAGACAGGUUUCGUUCUCCAGCACGUCCGAGUGUCGCGUAGUUGAAAUACGAACGGAUGGAUUUUAUUUAAUAUGGGAACCGUGUGUUUUCCAUUUCUAUCGAGGGUGUUUGGUCGAUUCUUGUUUACGAAUGUUAAUCGUUACUCGUGUAAAAAAACAAACUUGAAGAGAGAACAGGGGAGAGAGAAGAAACGAGCGAGAAUAAAAACAUUUCACAGUGCAGUGAAUUGUGUCUGAAAAUAACCCCCACGCCUUUUAGACGUCACGUGCCUUUGGACGAUAUUUCUUUUAUAAUUUCAAAGGGUUUGCGCCUGCGUUGCGUUUAAAUGGACCAUUUUGUAAUCGCUGUAUUAACGAUUUCUUACAACGAGUAGGAUCGAAAUUAUGAGAAAAUGGCCGUGAAUAGAAUCGCGUUAACAUUAAACGUUUAAACGUCACCGUUUUCUCGUAGGGGUCUCGCGUGUUACAUUGGUAAGGACACUCGCGGCGAAGAACGAUGUAUUUUCUUUCACAAAGACUGUGCCAACGUAAAUAAACUCGCGUGUAACUUUUA